AUGAGGAAGAAACAAACUUUGUUUCACCUUAAUCUCGUACGAGUGUUCCUACAUUCUUUGUUAAUUCUUGUACCAUUUUUCGUUGGUGCCGUUCAUUCGGCCCACAUUAGUUUCAACCGGAAUGGUGGCGGAUUGACGGAGGCUGAAGCCCACUUCAUUAGGCAGAGGCAGCUGCUUUCUUACAGGGAUGAAUAUGGUGACCGGGGCGAGUUUGUUACCGUUGACCCGACCCUGGUUUUCGAGAACCCGAGGCUACGGAAUGCAUACAUUGCAUUACAAGCUUGGAAAGAAGCCAUGUUCUCAGAUCCCCGUAAUUACACUGGCAAUUGGGUAGGAUCUCAUGUGUGCAACUACACUUGUGUUUACUGUGCUCCGGCGUUGGACAACCCAAAUAUCACCACUGUCGCCGGAAUCGACCUCAACCACGCCGACAUUGCCGGGUACCUCCCGGAGGAGCUGGGGCUUCUCACAGAUCUUGGUAUUUUCCACAUUAAUUCCAACAGGUUUUGUGGGAUAAUUCCAAAGAAGUUCAAGAAUUUGAAGACACUGUUCGAAUUGGACUUGAGUAACAACCGGUUUGCUGGGAAAUUCCCUUAUGUUGUACUGAGUUUGCCGAAAUUGAUAUUUUUGGACAUUAGGUUCAAUGAGUUUGAAGGCACUGUCCCUCCACAGCUGUUUGACAAGCCAUUGGAUGCCAUUUUUAUCAAUCACAACAGGUUCCAUUUCGAAUUACCCGACAAUUUUGGUAACUCGCCGGUUUCCGUGAUUGUGCUGGCCAACAACAGGUUCCAUGGGUGUGUUCCGGCUAGUCUUGGCAACAUGAGUAAUCUGAAUGAGGUGAUUUUCAUGAACAACAAUUUUAGAUCCUGUGUGCCGGAAGAAAUUGGGUUGCUCAAGAAUUUGACGGUGCUGGAUUUAAGCAACAAUCAAUUGAUGGGACCUUUGCCGGAAGCAAUUGGUGAUAUGAAGAGUUUGGAAGUGCUUAAUGUGGCUCAUAAUAUGCUCAGAGGGACUAUUCCGAAGGAAAUAUGUGAACUUCCAAGGCUUCAGAAUUUCACAUAUUCUUACAACUUGUUCACCGGCGAGCCUCCUUCGUGUUUGGCACUCCCGGCGGUGGAUGAUCGGAGGAAUUGUUUGCCCGGCAGGCCGGCUCAGCGUUCACCGGCUCAGUGUAAGGCGUUAUUGUCUAAAAAUGUUCAUUGUGGUUCUUUUAAGUGUCAUCGGUUUAUCCCAACUCUGCCGCCUCCUCCUCCCCCUUCACCUCCGGUUCCGGUUCCUUCGCCGCCGGUUCCAGUUCCGGUGCCUUCGCCACCUGUUUACUCUCCUCCACCAGUGUAUAAACCACCUCCUUCACCGUCACCACCGCCUCCACCACCACCUGUUUUAUCUCCUCCUCCGCCACCAGUGUAUUCUCCUCCACCACCGGUUUACUCACCACCUCCUCCGCCUCCAUCACCACCUCCACCAUCUCCUCCACCACCAGUUUACUCACCACCCCCUCCGCCUCCAUCACCACCUCCACCAUCUCCUCCUCCUCCAGUCUUUUCACCACCACCUCCGUCGCCUCCGCCACCUUCACCUCCCCCUCCAUCUCCCCCUCCGCCAUCGCCACCUCCCCCAGUUGUUUACCCAUCACCGCCUCCACCAUCACCUCCACCUCCAUCUCCGACGCCUCUUCCACCUUUACCCAUCGCCCCUCCUCCGCCAAAUUCACCUCCACCGCCGGUCUAUCCAUCGCCCCCACCUCCUCCACACUCACCUCCACCACCAGUUUACCCAUCACCACCUCCCCCACCUCAUUCGCCUCCACCACCAUCACCACAGCCUUGUAUAGAACCCCCUCCACCUCCGCCACCGCCCCCACCUUCCCCACCACCGUGCCAAGAACCCCCACCGCCACCACCCUCACCUUCUCCACCCCCACCAAACAUUUACAAACCACCACCAUCACCAUCACCGCCACCGCCGGUAAUAAUCUAUAAUUCACCGCCCCCACCAACCUAUCCUCCUCCUCCCCCACCAGUUCAACACUAUUCUCCGCCAGCACCGCCGCCAUCUCCUUCACCGCCACCUCCAGCCCCAGUUUACGCUAGCCCACCACCUCCAACUCCAGUAUACGAAGGGCCAUUGCCACCAGUGGUUGGGGUAUCAUACGCAUCUCCCCCGCCACCACCCUACUACUAUUGA